GUGCCGGUGAGACAGAGGGCUUUUUAAAACCUGGAAUUAACUCAAGGAGACGCACACUGGGGCCAUAGUGAUGUAGUGUAAAGACAACAAGAGAAAUAAGAGCUUUCUUUGUCAUAUAUAUAUUUAAAUAAUGGACGUAUGUCCUUUUGACGCGCAGUUUAUUGCGCAGGCUUUUUGAUAAAUCAGAGGGGAAAUAACUGCGGGACUUCUGUGGCUGUGGAUGGACAGUUCGGGAGAGCACAUGCAAAGACUGCGGGAACUGUUGGAUUUAUUUACCGCAUCCUUCUGGGAUUUAUCUGCUUCAAGAAUCCCUUCUUUCUUAAUCGGAUGAAAUAACGAGGAGAAUGUAUGGAAUAAACCAGCGCUGCAUUUACAUAUCAUUUCAUUUCUUCGUGCUGUGGUGCCACGCUCAGGGGGAGAAUCACCCGUCUCCUAAUUUUAACCAGUAUGUGAGGACGCAGGGCGCAGUGACGGACCAGCUCAGCCGCAGACAAGUCAGGGUUUACCAGCUCUACAGCCGCACCAGCGGGAAACACGUCCAGAUUCAGGGCAAAAGGGUCACUGCCACCGCCGAGGAUGGAAACACGUACGCUCGCCUGUUUGUCGAGACGGACACGUUUGGCAGUCGAGUGAGGAUAAGAGGUGCAGAAAGUGGGCGCUACCUCUGCAUGAACCGGAAAGGGAAACUUGUUGGAAAGCCCAACGGCCGGAGCAGGGACUGUAUCUUCACAGAGAUUGUACUGGAGAACAAUUACACAGCCUUCCAGAAUGCCAAAUAUGAGGGCUGGUAUGUGGCUUUCACCAGGAAAGGGCGGCCCAUCAAAGCGUCCAGGACGAGGGAGAACCAGAGAGAGGUUCAUUUCAUCAAGAGGCUCCACACGGGCCCGCCGCCUUUCCCCAACACGGACCAAAGCAAACACUUUGAGUUCAUCCGAUUUCCGGCCACACGUCGAGCAAAGCGGAACAGGAAAUCACGCACCUCUUCCUAACGCACAGCAGCAGCAAUGGACUGAUGACAGUUGUGAUAUAGUUAGACACAGAUGGGAUUUUAUUUUUGUAUAUUUUUGAUAGGUAAAAAGAUUGCUCAGAUGCCAUAAAUCUAAAGUAAUAUUGCUGUAAAAUGAUCAUGUGUAAAUACUGAAAGAGUAAAGCAGAUGGGUUAUAUUUAA